CCAAAUAGAGGCAUCAUCGUCCACCAAAGUCUCCAGAAGCAGCGACCAGAGUCCUCCAGAACAUGAAGGACAGCGGGUGUCGAGCAGCCUGUACCCUCCUCCUCAUAAUGUCCUCCUCGGUUAUCCCCCCCUCUGGGUCUCUGCCGCAGAGCCAUUUCCAGAGACGGAACUGGACCCCACAGGCCAUGCUGUACCUAAAGGGAGCACAGGGCCGGCGGUUCAUUUCCGAUGAGAGUCAGAGGAAGGAUCUCUACGACAGACUCCAGCUGGAGACCCGCAGUCGGAAUACCAGUCCCAUCACCAUAUCGGAGGCGGCAGCCAUGUUUUUAAGCUCUCUGCAGAAAGCCCAGGAGGAAGCUGAAGACGGCACGGUGGACCAAGCGAGCUACUUACCGGAGUCGCUGUUCAGUUGGUGAAGUCGCCACAAGGAGCCAUGCCACACGCUGACUGCUCCACCCCCAUGUGAAAUCACACCCCCUAUA